AUGCUAUUCUUUUCAUUCUUCAAGACCCUAGUGGAUCAAGAAGUCACGUUGAAAAAUGACAUUGAACUGAAAGGAACAUUAAAAUCAGUGGACCAAUUUCUGAAUCUGAAACUCGACAACAUUUCAUGCUCUAACGAAAGUAAAUAUCCACACCUAACCUCUGUUAGAAACAUCUUUAUAAGGGGGUCGACGGUAAGGUACGUUUAUCUGAACAAGAACAUGGUUGACACUAAUCUGCUACAGGAUGCAGCUAGAAGGGAGGCUAUGACCGAGAAAAAAUAA